UAUAAAAAUUAACAAUAAUAUGGGAACAAGCAGUUCUACUUUUCAAUUCAAUUUCUCCCAAUAUUAAUAUUUACAAGAAAUUUUAGAUCCUAGAUUUGGAGAAGUGAAAUUGUACUAGAAAAAUGAGACAGGCGAAUUGAUUUGUGUAAUUGAAAAAAUACAAACCUAACCACCCAAACCAUUUAAGAAACUUGAGCACUCUAAUUUAUUAAAAGUUCAUUACUAUUCUGCUUCAACAUUCAAAGUAUAUUAUUAGCUUAUUACAAGGAAGUAUGUUCUACCUUUACUAAAUUAUAUAUCGUUUAUGAAUACAUUAAUAACGAUCUUAAAACCAUCAUAACCAAUAGAUACAAGAAACAAUAAUAUUUCACUUAAUCCUAACUUUGGUCUCUCACUUAUUAGAUUCUAGAUGUCUUAAAUUAUUUAAAAAGAAAUGCAAUUUUUCCAAUGGAAAUGAGGAAUUUAUACAUUUCAAAUCAAGGUUUUAUUAAAUUCAAUUCUCUUUUUGAUAACCAUAUGACAUCAUUUUAAUAAUUAUUCAGCCAAUUUACUGAAGACUUCCAUAUAUCCCCAGAAGAAUUGUAACUUUUUAAAAAUUAAUCAAAUUUCAACAAUCUCAAUCCAGAAUAAUGCUAGAUUUUUUAGUCUGGUUUAACUAUUCUAUGGGCAGCAUCUCUGAAUGAUCCGUCGACACUCUUCAAUAAGAUUGAAUGGAAGUUGAAUGAAUAAGAUCUAUAUUUAAGAAUUUCAGAGUUAUAAUACACUGAUAACUUUAAGACUUUUCUUAUUAAAAUGCUUUAAAUUAAUCCGUCAGAAAGAGGUACUUUGGAUUCCUUAUUAAAUUUUACUUCAAAAUUUGAAAAAAAUGAUGAUCUCCUGAAAAUUUGUAAACAUGAUCUUAUUCCAAAUAAUCAUGAUAUAGUUCAUAAUAAUCACGAUGAGAAUGAGGAGUAUGAAUACUAAUCUUAAUCCUCACAAAAUUAAUCAAAUAGAAAACAAAAACCAAUUUUAUAUUCAAAUAAAAUUUUACAAUUUCAAAAAUAAAUCUCCUUAAUUGGAUCUAUAACUUUAAAAUCUGAAAAUCAAGAAAUUAACAGGAACAACCAAAUGUUCACCAAUAAGUUGCUUCAAUAAGAUAAUCAAUAGGAUAAUAAUUUUUAUUAAUAAUAGAAAUCAAAGUCAUUUUUAUAAUUUAAAACCCCUGACUCUUCUCCGAUACAAACCUUUAGAAAACCCCCUUCUAUAUCAGCAUCUAAAAAUCAAUUAAAUAGUACAUCAAAACCAAAAAUAUCUACUUAGUAUUAAUUAAAUAAAGAAAAAAUAUGUGACACAAGCUAUUUUUCAUAAUAAUCCCUUUUGAGUAAUAAUAAAAGUUAAAGGAGCUUAUUAGAAAAUAGAAUUGAAGAAGCCUUAAUGAAGAGUAAAUUAGCCUUAGCAAAGUUUGAUUAAACCAUUAAAUAUAAUAAUUAUUAUAAAAAUUGA